ACCAUAUAAAAGUUUAACAAAGUCUUUAAUUCAAUGUAUUAAUCAAUCAAAUUUAAAAGUUUCACCAAAACUAAUGAAUACAACAGCUAAUAAUACUGCCCAACCAAAACAAUCCUAUUCUUCCACCUCUAGACUAACCAAACCAAAAGAAUUUAGUUUCCACACAACAAACAGGGUUAGAAAAACAAAUACUCCAACUCUCUCAAAAAAACCAAACAGAUUUAUUAAUUCAACAGUUUUAAAAACAAAAAAUAUUAACCAAAACUCUGUACAACCUAUAAAAGAACAAAAACCUGUUCAAAUUAGUUUAGUUCCAAAACGAAAGACAACAGUACAUCAACAAACUAAGUCAUUACCAAAUCAUCAACAACAACAACAUCAACAACAUCAACAACAUCAACACCAACAACAACAUCAACAACAAUAUUGUCAACCUCAAAAACAACAAUCACAACAGCAACAACAAUUCGUUUCAAUACCCCACCAACAAACCCAAAGUUACCAAACUCAGUUAUCUACACCACAAUAUCAAUACCAACAACAAUUACAGCAACAAAUGCAGCAGUAUCAUUCUAAACAAAUACAAUACCAAGAAACUCCAAGUUUUCAAAAACCAAAUCAAACCCCAGCUUCAUUAAAUAUCCAACAUAAACAACCACAAUCAUUACCAC